GACCUAUAUGGUCAGUUCUGCGUUGACAGCUCCAAGUGGGCUUUGGUGUCUGAUGAAAGAGAAACCUUGCUGAAGAAUAUGAAGAAAAACCGAGAAAGGUUCUGCAACAAGGAAAGGGAAUUCGUGUACAAGUUCCAGGUAGGAUGUGAGCGCUUAGAGCUGAGAGUGCCUCUCAGGUUUCCCGUGGAGGAGAAUGCCAGUCAUCUGCAUGGACGUCUGAUGCUGCUGCACAGCUUGCCCUGCUUCAUAGAGAGUGACUUAAAAGAUGCUCUGAGCCAGUUUAUAGAAGAAGAAUCCCUCAGAGACCAUGACAGCGAUGCAGAAGCAUGCUUGGAAGCUGUUAAAUCCGGCGAAGUAGAUCUGCACCAGCUGGCAAGUACGUGGGCCAAAGCCUACGCUGAGACCACCUUAGAGCAUGCGAGACCUGAGGAGCCUAACUGGGAUGAAGACUUUGCAGAUGUGUACCAUGACCUAAUCCACUCCCCGGCCUCUGAAACUCUCUUAAAUCUGGAACAUAACUACUUCGUUAGCAUCUCAGAACUGAUUGGUGAAAGAGAUGUGGAGCUGAAAAAGUUACGAGAGAGACAAGGUAUUGAAAUGGAAAAGGUGAUGCAGGAACUGGGGAAAUCACUCACAGAUCAAGAUGUGAAUUCACUGGCUGCCCAGCACUUUGAGUCCCAGCAAGACUUAGAGAAUAAAUGGUCAAAUGAACUGAAACAGUCUACGGCUAUCCAGAAGCAAGAAUAUCAGGAAUGGGUGAUAAAGCUUCAUCAGGACCUAAAAAACCCCAACAACAGCUCCCUCAGUGAAGAGAUUAAAGUGCAGCCGAGUCAGUUCAGAGAGUCUGCGGACGCCGCUGGGAGGAUCUAUGAGGAGCAGAGGAAGCUGGAGGAGAGCUUCACCAUUCACCUGGGAGCCCAGUUGAAGACCAUGCACAAUCUGCGGCUGCUGAGGGCAGACAUGCUGGACUUCUGUAAGCAUAAGAGAACUCACGGGAGUGGCGUGAAGCUCCACCGGUUGCAGACAGCACUGUCCCUCUACUCCACAUCUCUCUGUGGCCUGGUUUUGCUAGUAGAUAAUCGAAUUAAUUCAUAUAGCGGCAUCAAAAGAGAUUUUGCUACAGUUUGCCAAGAAUGUACGGACUUCCACUUCCCUCGGAUUGAGGAACAACUGGAGGUUGUCCAGCAGGUGGCGCUGUACGCGAGAACCCAGCGCAGGAGCAAGUGCAAGGAGGCCCGCGAUUCUGGAAACCAAAAUGGAGGAAGUGAUGAUAAAUCUAAGAAUGCUGAGAGAAACUAUUUAAAUAUUUUACCUGGAGAAUUUUACAUUACACGUCAUUCUAAUCUCUCGGAAAUCCAUGUUGCUUUCCACCUCUGUGUGGAUGAUAAUGUGAAGUCGGGAAAUAUCACUGCUCGGGAUCCUGCUAUUAUGGGACUCCGAAAUAUACUCAAAGUCUGCUGUACCCACGACGUCACAACGAUAAGCAUCCCGCUCUUGCUGGUGCAUGAUAUGUCCGAGGAAAUGACUAUUCCUUGGUGCUUAAGGAGAGCAGAACUGGUAUUUAAGUGUGUCAAAGGUAAGUCUUCCCAGUUAUUGGAAGGAGAGCCUCCCAAAGGAAAAGCAAAGUUGCCUCUGUCUCAGAGCAUUUCUGAAGAAAUGUUUUAUCAGCUGAGUAACAUGCUUCCACAGAUCUUCCGGGUCUCCUCAACGCUCACCCUGACAUCCAAACACUAAACUCUUACAGACUGACUCACUGACAGAAGAGAACUCUUACAGACUGACUCACUGACAGAAGAGGGUUUCGGAACUCUCUGAGAGAACUGUCCUGGAAUCCUGUUAAGCAAAAGGUGCCCAGUGAGAUCGAGCCACCUGUUAAGUGAUGAAGUAUGUUAUCAAACGUUCCAAAAAUGUGUAUACAUCACAAACCAGAAGCCAGCUCCCAGCGGAAGCAUUUACUCCGUCCCUUUAUGAAAGAAUAGCUCUUCUGUCUACUUAUAUGUCCUAUCAGGGAAUGACAGUGGUAACACUUAAAGUGUUUCUCAAAUGUGGACACUGUAUUUUGUUACACUUCCAUGGAGAUCUCUGAUUUUUCCGUGGCAUGAGUUCUGUAAUUAGGCAUAAAAGUACAAAUCAAAAUUUGUCAAAUCAAAAUUUAAAUAUACAUUUCAAGUAUAAGUUUCUUGUGAAAAUGUUUUUAUAGCAAUGCAAAUA